GUAAAAACGUGAGCAUGGAAGCGAAAGUAAAGUUUGCCCAAGCCAAAUACGUUCAACACAGUUUCGUCGCCAAACAAUUCAACGACCGCCACAAGCACGGUGAAUUAAUGUUGGCCAUCAAGACAUCCGAUGUAAGGGCACUCGUACAGUAUGUGGCCCAGGGUUUUGAUAUCCAGGAGAGUCUGCCUGGUUUAGAAGAGGACGGAAUCACUCCUCUGCACUACGCCGUUAUGAAAGGCUCUGUUGUGUGCACGGCAUUCUUAGCCGCACACCCAGGCACAGAUAUCAACGCAACCACAAGUAUAACCAUGUCAACUCCCCUGCAUUCAGCGGUCAAAG